UUGCGGAUGUCGCUCCGACAACAAACAAAAGAUCGGGGCUAGCUGAGCUCAUUAUACUUUUGUCGAUCCGUCUACGCUAACGUUAGUUCUUACUUUGCUCCCUACGACGACCUGCUCCUCUGUCUUUUAAUUACUUUCUUCAGGUCCUGCACGGCAGGCAGUCUCCUUCUAGCGUCUAUAUUUGUGGCUUUGUGUCAGCUAAUGUCAACCUGAGCCAUUUCAGCAAACAGCUUUGCCUUUGCUGGCCAAGCUAAAAACGCGUUAGCCAGGUUAGCUCCUCGGCUAACCAGCUCUGGCUGGUUCUCUACGACGAGCGAAGCCAGUUAGCUGCUUCGCCUGCUAGCUAGCUUUGCUAAACCUCCCUUUAAAACUUGACACUGACUGACACAAGUGGCUCUGGCUUGUUGUUGACAAGCCAAUUCAUCAAAACUCGUGUCGUAGCCAUGUCUGGACAGUCAUCGGGCUGUGGGUUUCUAAUGUCGGUUGUUGUCCACGGAGACUCGGCUUUGAACGAGCAGGAAAAGGAGCUCAACCAACGGCUCCGACGGCUCUAUCCAGCCGUUAAUGAAAGCGAGACUGCGCUGCCCCGGUCCUGGAGCCCGAAGGACAAGUUCAGCUACAUUGGGCUUUCUCAGAACAAUCUCCGUGUGCACUAUAAAGGUCACGGCAAAACCCCUAAAGAUGCAGCGUCUGUACGGGCCACCCACCCCAUCCCGGCAGCCUGCGGGGUCUACUACUUCGAGGUGAAGAUCAUCAGCAAAGGCCGAGAUGGGUACAUGGGCAUCGGCCUCUCAGCUCAGGGUGUAAACAUGAACAGACUCCCCGGUUGGGACAAGCACUCGUACGGUUACCACGGAGAUGACGGCCACUCCUUCUGCUCGUCUGGCACCGGGCAACCCUAUGGACCCACGUUUACAACGGGUGACGUGAUUGGCUGCUGUGUUAACCUCAUCAACAACACCUGCUUCUACACAAAGAACGGCCACAGCCUAGGCAUUGCCUUCACAGACCUACCACCUAACUUGUACCCGACCGUGGGCCUUCAGACUCCAGGGGAGGUGGUAGACGCAAACUUCGGCCAGCACCCGUUUGUGUUCGACAUCGAGGACUACAUGCGCGAGUGGAGGACAAAGAUCCAGGCCCAGAUCGACCGCUGCCCCAUCGGAGAGCGGGGCGAGUGGCAGUCCAUGAUCCAGAAGAUGGUGGCUUCCUACCUGGUGCACCACAGCUAUUGUGCCACGGCCGAAGCCUUCGCCAAAUCCACAGACCAGGCCGUGCACGAGGAGCUGGCCUCCAUCAAAAACCGACAGAAGAUCCAGAAGCUGGUCUUGUCUGGUAGAAUGGGCGAGGCCAUCGAGACCACCCAGCAGCUCUACCCCAACCUCCUGGAGAGGAACCCAGACCUUCUCUUCAUGCUCAAGGUGAGACAGUUCAUAGAGAUGGUGAACGGGACGGACAGCGAGGUGAGGUGUCUGGGAGGUCGCAGCCCAAAGUCUCAGGACAGUUACACCGGCUCCCCCCGGACUUUCAGCAGCCCCAGCCACAAAGCCAGCAGCUCCCAGCCCUACCUCCCAGGGACCGACAGCAACUGCUGUAAUGGCGUGACGACCAAUAAGAGCCACAGCUCCUCCCCUCACAGUCACAAGCCCUGCCCCCCGGCUCUGGCUCCACCCCCAGCGUCUGACGUCAGCCUCAACGGGAGUCGCAGCCAACAGCCCAUAACCAGCGAUGUGGAUAUGGAGGUGGACCACUUCACCAACGGAGUGACGGAAUCGUCCUCCAAUGGUUUCCUCAACGGCAGCUCCAAACACGCCCCCGAGACCGAAGACUGUGACGCAGACAUGGAGGUGGAGUCCGCUCAGUCCAAGCGCCAGCUGUGCGGCGGGAGCCAGGCGGCCAUCGAGAGAAUGAUCCACUUCGGCAGGGAGCUCCAGAGCAUGAGCGAACACCUCCGCCGCGAGUGUGGCAAGAACUCCGCCAACAAGAAGAUGCUCAAGGAUGCGUUCAGCCUGCUGGCCUACUCGGACCCCUGGAGCAGCCCAGUCGGCUACCAACUGGACGCCAUUCAGAGGGAGCCAGUCUGCUCCACUCUCAACAGUGCAAUAUUAGAGACUCACAACCUGCCCAAGCAGCCCCCCCUGGCCCAGGCCGUGGGUCAGGCCGCCCAGUGCCUCUCCAUCAUGGCACGAACGGGCAGCGGCUCCUGCGCCUUCGCCUCUGUGGACGAUUACCUGCACUAGCCACACACACACACACACACACACACACACACACACACACACACACACACACACACACACUCGGAGGGCCUGUCCAGAAAUUGCUUCUUCCACCUCCUCCAUCAGUGUAGUCCUAUUGGCUGAGGAGACUCCUCUGCACGACAACAAGCAGUAGUUAACCACCUCACUUGCUUCUUGUUCAGCUAUUGCUGAUCGGCAUGACGACCGCCGAGGACCAGGGGCGUCAUCUCUGGACAGAUCUUUCGACUGCUCACACACACACACACACACACACACACACACACACACACACACACACCACCUCCCUUUCCAUCGUAAAUAUGAAAAAUACGCCUCCACCUUGGUUGCCCUCGCAAGCCCUCACCUCCAGCCGUCCGAGGCUGCGUCUGCAUCAUUCUGACAGGACAGCAGGGUGGGCGCCAACCAAGAGUAGCUGACUUGAAAAUACUCAAACUGGCGUGGACUCGCCGCAGAUACCAAGCCCCACCCCCCCCCGUAUAUCUGGGGGGCAUCAAACCGGGACGGACAGACUGAAAAAAACCAAAACCUUGGGUCAAAUAGAAAUGGAAAAAUAAGAAGAGAUACAAAAAAAAAAAAAGGAAAACAGACGAGUGACCGCCAUAGCCGACCACCCUUUAACGUGGUCCCUGUAAACCUGGCUCGUCAGGCAAAAAAUGUGCGCACGCGCGCUCCUAGCAAACGCGGAGGCAGGCUGAUGCCGAAAAACAGGAUUGAAAAGUCCCAUCUCCACCGAGGCUCGCCGAGUGCUCGAACUCCGGCCAACAGCGGCGCUCCGUUAGAGAUAGCCUACUCCCCCCUCCCUCCCUUCACCCCCCUGCGCGGACCCCCUCCUCCACCCUCCACUCACGUCAGGACAUUGGCGGAGAUUUGCGUGACGCACGUGGACUCUGGACUUUUAGAAGAAGAAGCCAGUGAGAAACUACAGUCAACGUUCCCUCUUUUAAAACUUUGUUUUUUUUUUGGGGGGGUUUUUUUCAUCAUGGGCGAAGUGGAGGGACUGGGGGGAGAGGUGGUUACCUGGCUUGUUUUUAUUUUUUCCAGGUUUACAAGGCAUGGUGCAGACGCCGCCGACUUAUUAUUAUUAUUAUUAUUAUUAUUAUUAUUAUUAUCAUUAUUAUAAUAAUUAUUAUAAUUAUCAUUAUAUUAUUGUUACUUGCAUUCACAGUAUAUUUGUUGAGCGCCAGCAAGAGCAAGUUCCACUUAUUAUAAUAAAGGUCCCGAUUCCACGGAUUCCCAGUGA